AUGUACAGCGAUGAAGUAAAUUUGAACGGAAGUUAUGUGAUGGGAGUGUUGUAUUUGGCGAAGAAAUACAUCGUGCCUUCAUUAGCUGAUAAAUGCACCGAUUAUCUACAAGAUAAGCUGGAUGUGUCAAAUGCUUUUAGCAUUUUGCCCAAUGCUCAUCAGUUCGAUAAGAAAAGGUUGGUGGAACGAUGUUGGAAAGUAAUCGAUAAACACUGCGAAGAGACUGUAAGAUCAGAUGGAUUUGCGGCACUUGAAAGAUCUUUAAUUCAGUUAAAACUUGUUGUCAGUUCCUUUGUAUUUAUUACCAGUGGAAAUUAA